GGCGAUGCGCGUGCGCCGCGGGAAGCGCGGGUUUGUUUUGUAACGUCCCGGCGGGCUGAGGCGGGGGAGGCAGCGCCGGGAAGGCCUCAUUAACCCGGCCGGGGCUUACUUAUCGCUAUCAAUUUUAACUCUUGCCUGGUGAGAAGUGACAGGACCUGAGUGAGGGAGUGGCCUGAGGGGGUUUACAGCUAAUGAAACCCCGCCACACAUCUUCCAAUAAAAUGGGGAAACCAAGUGGUGGCAGAUCAGCAAAAAAUCCUUUAAAAUCACAAAAUCAGCAAGGGCCUUCCAGCAAAAAAAAGGGAGCAGAUGAACAAGGAAGAAAACAAAGUAAAAAAAGACAGCAGGAACCUCAGACAGGCAAAAGGAAAGUUAAGGAUCUGAAGGACUAUUCCCCUGCAGGAGAAAAUGGUUCUUCAAAAAAGGUGAAGCUGUCCAGUGCUACAAUAAGAUCUUGGCAGCCCCUCUCAGAGAACAGUAGGCUAUUCCUGGAAAAUAUAGUGGAUUCAGUAGUACUAUCUGUUUUGUCUCAACAGAGAGAGGAAAAAGAUGAUGUUCAGAAGCAUCUCAAUGUACUGAAAACCAGGGUGCUGGCAAGUUUCAAGACUUUAAAGGUGCCUCCAGGGAAGCUGGGCAACCUGAAGAAUAUCCUGGGCCUUCAAAUGGCAGAGAAACAAAUGCUUAAUACAAAUGAGGAGUCUUUGGUACAACUGCAGGAAGAAAUAACCGAAGCAGAGAGAUCAGCAGAGCGCAUUGAGGAAAAUAUACAGCAACUGCAGUACAAAAUCCAGGUGCUCAAGAGCCAGUUACAGAAAGAUGAAGAAAAUGCCAGGAAGGUAUUUCAGGAAAAUGGCAGUGGUGCACUCGAACUUCCAGAACUCCCCAAGUGCAGUUUGCAGGCACCUACUUUGCAGGAGGAAAUUUUGAAGGUAAAGAAUCAGAAGGGCCUUUUAAAGGAUAUGAAUACUAUUCAGCAGUCAGCUGACUUGAAGAACUUGUUAACCCUUAUUGAAAAGACCUAUGAGAAGGUGGAUUUGCUUUGAGAAGCCAAAAUGUGUGGAGUCUCCAUGCUGUGUUCCUAAUGGCCUUCCUUUUGUGACUGCUGAAUUUCUGUUAAAACAUUUUCUAUUAACAUUGGUAUAUAAAUGUGUAGAUACAUUUUGGAACUCAAGUGAUUUAAGUCAUCUGUCAAGCUUUUAUGAUUUUUUUUUUGACCUGUGAUGACUUCUAAUGAUGACAUAUCCAGUCUUAGAAGAGAGGGAAAUGGUCCUGGAUUAUUUGGGUAUUUUUACAGAAUAAGGGAACUAUUCCAUUCUAUUUGCACUUCUUUAUCUGUAAAUCACUGAAGACCAUGUCUUCUACAAAAGUAGUUUUUAUUUGGGAGUUUAAACCUGAAACAGGUAAUAAAAAUAAGCUUAUCUAAUAUUCAGUUGUAAAUCCCCUGUUCAACUUUCUUACUAUUUUUUACCAAAAACCCUUGAUUGAAGAAAAUUGAAUAGUUUUUAUAGCAUGUAAAAAUAGCCUUUACAUUUUCAUUACUUAAUACAAAAACCAAAAUCAAACAACAUAAAGUGCUUUCUCAAGUUAAAUUACCUGCUGAAAGAUAGCAGUGCUCUUUACACUGACUUGCUUCAUAAACUCUUUGCUGUUUACAAGCUGCUGCUACCCUUAAUGAGACAAAAGCUAAUUAUCUCUCUUCUAUGACGGUUUGAAAGUCUCUCUGGAGUUAGAAUAAUGGAAUAUAUCAAGUUGGAACGAACCUGUAACCUGAUUUCAGCUCUCUACUCCUCAUAGGAUUACCUAACCCAUGUAGGAUCAGGAAAACCAGGCUAAAUACUUGCUUUAUACUGAAUCACAGGAAAAGGAAUAUAAUUAUUUAGAAGUAUUUCUCAAAUUUGUUAUCACUUGGCAAGGGAAGCAGUUAGUGGUAUUACCAAUAUCAGAAAAUAAUUUAAUCCAGAGCAUGGGUUAAAGAUUUUACUGCAUACCAUAAAGAGGUUAAGUAAAAAUAUACUCCUUUCCUUUCAUUAAGGGUGAUUUACUGUGUGGGUUUUGAACUUCCUGAACCACAUAGAGACCUUUGCCUUUUUGAAAGUUUUUUUAUUUUGAAAAGAACUUGUGGAGAAGGGCAGUGAGUAGGAGUCAGAUUCAGCUUAUACACAAGGAAAUUGAAAUAGUAACUGAAGAAUGAGCUUCUGCAUUACAGUGCUGGAUAGAUACAGAGGCAAGUCAUAAUUACUUUAAUUUUUUUCCGUGGGUGAUUUAUGAUAGGUUGGCUGUGGAUGUUGUUACUUUGGGGUUGUCAUGCACACACAAACAGGGUAACAUGAACCACAGAACAUAAAUCCAGUCAUUUAGGAGGUGGUCUUAUCUCGACGGUCUAUACUCUUGGACAGAGUUGCAGAAUGAUCAGAUUGUUGGUUUUGAUGGGAUUUGAGGCCUCUUUCAGUAGGUUCACUAUUGAUAUGUGUGUGCAGCUGUGACCACAGCUCUGUGAUUUGACAAGGGAGCACCUGAAAUUUCAGUUUCACAAACCUUGGCUUUAAGUAGGUAAGGUAAUUUCCUCUGUGUGUAUGCUUUAUGUACUGAGUUUAUCUAUUUAAGGAAUACUCAGGGAAAAUCUUGAAGAACUGCUGGAUUCAGAUCAACUUGGCUUGAGUUUUUUUCCUUAGAAGUGAUCUACAGCAAGUACAGAACUGAUCUCUUUGCAUGUGGAAAUGGAGUAGGGAGAAGAGUCAAGGGAAGAAGCUGCACUGGGGAACAUCAGGAUAUCCAGCCCAGCUUCAAACCCAGCUGACAGCCAAGGUCAAACAGGCCUUCUGUUCUGACAGCCUGAAACUCUGAACAUCCCACAUUUGUUGUCUCCUUGUACAACCUAAGCAGAGCUUCAUAGCCCCUAUAUCUUUUGGGAAAAACCUGGACUAGGGAGUGUUUUUUUGGGAUAUGUUUUCAACAAACAGAGAACAUGGCAGCAAGAAUAGGAAAGCUGAAGGACCUGUAUUAUGUAGCCAAGAUUAGGUGAUCUGAGAUUAAUCCAUAAGCCAUCCAUUACUUCACACUUCUGGUCCAUUUCUUCCCUCUCCCAAAAAAUAAAAGAACACUAGUUUAGAAGUACUGGAAACCCUCAUUGAAAUAUGGAUUGUUUUGGUCAAAGAAUAAGACAGAUGUCAUGGAAAAAUGGUUUCAGCAGUUUAGAAACACAUUGAAUGUCAAUUAGAGCUCUAGGAACGUGCUACAGCACACAUUUUGUAGGGUUUGGGGAUGACAUUAAAUGAAAUGGCAGGGCUGAGGUCCAGGUCUGAGCUGGAAACUCCAGGUGGAGGGUGGAAGUUGAACCUCUGCAGGAGACUGGUGAAGAAGAGGAAGAGCUCCAUUUUGGCAAGAGUUUCCCCAGCACAGAUCCUCCGCCCUAGAACAAAAGGCAAAAGGACAAGAAAAUCAGUGAGAGCUGCUUCUUCAGUAUUGGAAGAAAAAAAAACCCCUUUUAUCAGCUCUUGACCUGAAAAUGGUUAAUGGGAAUCCAGAACAUUUGAAUGUUAUAUCCUAGAUAUGAAUAAAGAACACAGUAGAUUUUGAAACUCUUGGGUACAAGUUAACAGAGAGAGAGGAGUUUUGAUCUUUAAAGGUAUCAUACCAAAGCCAGCUAGUGAUGGUUUUUUAUUUUCCAUUGUCUAAAUGCUUGCAUUCAGAGAAAAAUGUAUGGAAAUGUACUCUGAAUUCCUCAACUCCAGUUUUCAAUAAAAUCUGAAUUUUUGCUUCAUA